UGGUGGUGGAGCAACAACAACGCGGUGACGGGAAUGGCGAUGAUGAUGUCGGCCAGCGGCGGAGGAGGGCAGCGGAAGGGCAAUAACGCGGCGGUGCAGCAGGGUUUGAGGAAGGGGCCGUGGACGGCGGCGGAGGACGCGAUUCUGUUGGAGUACGUGACGAAGCACGGGGAAGGGAACUGGAAUUCGGUGCAGAAGAAUUGUGGGCUGUUGCGGUGCGGGAAGAGCUGCCGGCUCCGGUGGGCCAACCACCUGCGGCCCAAUUUGAAGAAAGGAGCGUUCACGCCGGAGGAGGAGCGCCUCAUCAUCCAGCUGCAUGCUCAGUACGGCAACAAAUGGGCUCGCAUGGCCACUCAGUUGCCAGGAAGGACGGACAACGAAAUAAAAAACUACUGGAACACAAGGACGAAGAGAAGGCAUCGAUCCGGGGUUCCGGUCUACCCUACAGAAUUCCAAGACAAAACGGCAGUGUUUCAUCACAAGCAACGCCAUAACGAACAAAACAAUCUCACUCACCACAACAACAACAGUAAAUCGUCGUCUCUCUUCUCUGUAUGUCCCAAGGUACCAGAUUACGCCCCAUGCUUCUCCCUCGCCGCCGACGGUCUGACCGAUUUCUCGACGCCACCCGCCGGUUGUCUGAAAGGUUAUUGCAGUAAUAACACCAACAUCUAUUCCUCUGCCUUCUCUAGUAGUAACACCCAGAAGAAUAGCAACGGUUUGGCUCCUCUCUCAUUUUCCCCUCUAGUUUCCAUAUUCGACCCUCCUCCGUCGGCCCUCCCGCCGGUGACUGGAGGAGGAGAGAGUAUGCCGGGUAACUUCACGAGUUUCACUUCCCUGAUCAUGGGAGACUACGACGCCGACCAGCAGCUGGAGCCCUUCGGAUUCGGGGCGGUGUCGGAGCUUCCUUCACUCCAAACCCCGCCGCGUUCGGCGUCAUCAAACGCUACCGGAGGCGGCGGAGGAGGGGUUUGCUUGGUGGCGGAAGGGCUGGACAAUGCCAACAGCAAUAAUAAUUAUGGCGAUGGGGUGAACAACAGCGGGUUGUUGGACGCGUUGCUAAUGGAGAGCAGGACUAUAUGUGGGAAGAGGAAGGCGGACGAGAUGGAGAUCGGAGUAAUUAGCUCAGCGGCGCCGGCGGAGGAGGAAGGGAACGGUGAUGAUGCCGCUGCUGCUCAACGUACCUGUACAGCGGUGCCGUUUUGGGGAGCAUGCGAUGAUGAGCAGCAGCAGGCGUCACGUGACGGCGGUGGGGAGGCACGUGAUACUUUGGUCUUUGCACAUUCUUCAGCUGUAAUGGAGCCGGCCAAGGAGGGGACGGCUGCGGUGAUUGCGGAGGGGAUGAGUUCAAUGGACGACGACUUACUCAGCCUACUCACCAACUUCCCUUCUUCCAUUCCUCUUCCGGAAUGGUACCGUCACCAACGUCAACAUGAAGGCAACAACGACCGCAGCUAUGGCGGCGAAGCCUCGCCUGCUCUUCAGGGGCCAUGA